AUGGGCCCGAACCUCCAGGCCGCCUCCGGGUCAAACAUGAGCGACGCCGCGGCCGCCGAGGCGCGGUGGGCGCGAUGCGACGCGCCGACCGACGUCGACGCCGUCGCGCGCGGUGACGUCGACCGCGCGCGCGACGACGGCUCGAAGACGGUGCACGUCGACUGCCAGCGCUGCCGGUCGCGUCUCGAGGUGAGGGUGCCCGCCGCCCUCCUCGCCGAGGGCAGCGCCACCGUCCGCUGCGGCGCGUGCGGGGUCCACCUGAAGAUCGCCGUCCCGCCCGCGCUCGCGCCCGUCCACCCGCCGCGACCCGCCUUCUCCGCGAUGACCAAGCCCGCCGAGCGCCUCCCCGCCGCGAGCGCUCCACGCCCCACCCAGCAGCGACCCGCCACCGGCGCCAGCCUCCAGCUCUCCGCUGGGGCGCUCGCGUCCUUCCUCGACCCGGCCGUGUGCGUCGCGAUGGGCGCCAACCCAACGGACCCGCAGCUGAGGAAAGCCGCCGAGGAAUUCUGGCGGAGCUGCGACGGCGACGCGAACGCCGUCGACCCAAACGCGACGUACGACACCGACCUCGCGCCGGCGAGGCCCGCGAAACGGGCGAAAAAAACGAGAAAGCCGCGCGACCCGUCCCCUUACAACGUCUUCAUACGCGAGGAGAUUCCGAGGCUCAAGGCUGAGAACCCCGCGAUGACGCACAAGGAUGCGUUCAAGGCUGCCGCGAGGAACUGGGCCGGGUCCUCGCUCAACAUGCGAAGCGCGGCGUACGUUCCCGACCCGGUGCUCGCCGCAGCCGCCGCAGCCGCCCAUGCCAACGUCCUUGACGCCCAUGCCAACGUCACCGACGCCGCGACGCGCGCGGCGAUCCUGCAGAAGCUCAAGCCCCACCUCCUCCGCGGCCGCGUGGAGGACGCGCGGGCCGAGGCGGCGGCGGCGAGGCGUUGGGAGAUGGACCUCACGACGACAAACGGGGUCGACGGACCGACGGGCGCAAAGGGAGUCGUCGAUCGAUACGCCGGCGACGCGUUUGCGAGCGUACACGAGGGUCGUGACGAGCCGACGCAUCGCGGACCGGUCAGGCCCAAGACGAGCUGGUCGAGCUAUCGGUCCACGCACGAGGCGUUCGAGCCCAUAGACUGA